UGUGGCGUGGCCGCGGCGGGGGCGGGGCCCCGCGCAUGCGCAGCGCUGCCGGGCCCGGGACCGCCGGGGGCAGCCCCCGCAGCCGCCAUGACCAACGUGUACUCCCUGGAGGGGCUGCUGGUGUUUGGGCUGCUGCUGGUCUGCUCCUGUGCCUACCUGCGCAAGGUGCCCAGGCUCAGGGCCUGGCUGCUCUCCGAGAAGAGAGGCCUCUGGGGAGUCUUCUACAAGGCUGCAGUGAUCGGCACCAGGCUGCACCUGGCUGUGGCAAUCUCCUGUGUCCUGAUGGCUUUCUACGUCCUGGUGCUGAAGUGACCCCAGGGGCAGCUGAGGAGGAGGACCUCACACCC